GAAUUAUCCAUGUAUACAUCAGUAUCUUUGCGAGAAGUAUAUACCUCAUAUACAUCAUCCAACAAUUCAUUCCUCUCUUGACGAGACGAAGUAGAAACAUCACUCAACAUGAAGUCGGAAAGGCAGUGACGGGUUACAUCUUACGGAACCCAACAUCCUGUCCAACCUUGCCAAAAAAUAAGAACUUGAAGUCGCACAAUUGAAGGUAAAAUCGCCAACAUCGAUUGGAAUGCGUGGGGAUGAAGUCUUAAUGUGACGAGUUCGUGAUUUCCACUCUUCAAGUGAUUUACUGAAAUAUUUGCUUUAUCUAGUCUACGGAGGCGAUAAUCGGUAUCUCCACCAGGGUUGUUCUUCCUCUGGAUGUCGUCAUCGUUCAGCGACUCAACCACAAAGAUUGGUAUCAUCUGAGACAUGUCCUGGUGUUGCACAUCUAAGAAGGAGUAGGUCUACGUGAGGGACGAGUAGAAGUUCAAGAACAUUCGUCAAGAAGAAAAAGAAGAGUGACGUGUAAAAAGAUAUCAAGACGAGUUUUGAUGAUGAUUGAACGCACCAUGAUUAAACAUUGUCUUCUCUUAGUAUGUCUGUUUAUUGGUCAUCGAGAUGUCCUCGGACAAAGAGAUUGUCGACAAAUUCGGCGACGAUGCCCGCACGGUAGUCGGCGAGGCCCCGUUUGUGACACGUACGGUCGAACAUGGAACAGUCGUUGCGCCAUCUUGCGGGCACAAUGCAACGAUCCGUACCUCUACGUACAGUUUGCCUAUGCGGGAAACUGUGUGGAUCAACAAAUGAGACAGAGGCAGACGAACUACCCAGAUUCCUUUGCUUCAGCGACGCAUAGCAGCGAGGAGAUGAGUGCCGAGGUAAUAUUACCUACACAACCAUCAAUACGAGGGACUACAAUCAUGACAAUAGCACCAACUAAUCAUGCUAAUAAUCCUACCCUCGCACCCGAUGGGGUCAUGCCUUACCCGUGCCCCCUCCUGUGUGCUCCGAGCACCGACCAGGUCUGCGGCAGCGACGGCUUUACCUACGACUCCGUGUGCCAUAUGAGGUUGGAGGCGUGCCGAACCCGUGAUCGAUCCCUGGUCGUCAACUACAGAGGACCUUGCCAAUGCCCCGAGGCGUGCCCGAUGGUCUAUGAGCCAGUGUGUGCCAUGAGCACAAGACCAGGCUUCCCGAAUCAAAGGACUUUCACGUCCCAAUGCGAGAUGCAAAAGGACGCCUGUCGACAUAGCGAUAAGUCGAUGACGAUGUCUUAUCGAGGAGAAUGCGUCGCCGACUUGCAAGGACAGUGUAACUUCCCUUGUGACCCGCUCUACGAACCUGUGUGCAGCACCAAGAAUGUGACAUAUCGAAGUCAAUGUGAACUGAACCGUCAUAAAUGUAUUACCCAGGAUACGACAACAGAUGUGGCUUACAUAGGGGCAUGUCCACAUGCGCCUAUAAGAUGUCCGAACCUAUGUAAACCAUCUCGAGAUCCUCACUGUGGCAGUGAUGGGGUCACGUAUCCUUCGUUGUGUGAGUACGGGGUAGCUGCUUGUAAAGACCCCACCCUGCGGCUCAGAUACAAAGGACCCUGUGUACCUGGCACUGCAGACCCCUGUUCUCGAAUAUGUGAUAGUUUUGAAGACCCUGUAUGCGGUACGGAUGGACAGACUUACUGGAAUCCGUGUCUUCUCCAGCUAGCCUACUGCAAUAAUCCAACAAUCACGUUAGCCUACCGUGGGAUAUGUAUGGGUUCUACCAGGAGUAAUCGAGCCCGCAAUGGUCAUGUAAAACCAUACUACACAGCUUAUGGGUCCAAGAAUCCAUAUAUCGGAUUCCCAUGAAAAGAGACUCGUCUCCAUGAUGCCUUUGACCUCCUUGGGUAUUUUCUCCAGAAUAUUCUUCCGUUCUUUUAGUUUUACUACACAGGGGCCUUGAAAUGCUUUUGAAAUUUAAGAUCUAAGAAUGGUGUUAAUUCAUAUUUAAUUGUGUUGUUGUAAGAACUUUCUUCUAUUUAUUUCAUUAUGGUUUAUAACUUCGUGAAUAUGGGCUAUAUACUUUCAUCAAAUUAUGGUGGAAAUUUCAGGCCCAAGGUAUAUUGUUUGAAUUAAACAAGUUUGGGCUGACCCAGAUGUGGAGGGCUGAACCCUAAACACGCACAUAAUCACAAUUAGAUGGUCAUGAUUUUUUUUCACGUAAAGUGGAGGGCUGAAGCAUCCCCCCACGCGGUGGGGAGGGGGGGUCAACGGUCCCUGGAAUAUACGCACGUGAUAUUCACAAUGUCAAGGCAAGAGGAACCAGUAACUCCAUUUAGGAGCUGAAUCAAUCAUUUUCGGGCCCUGGUAUUACAUGUACUUUUCCGAAUGAAGUGGAACGACGGGAAAUAGUUUUUUUUUAUCAAAUAAAUUUCUGAUCAGAUAUUCCUCCUUUUUAAUUUUUUUAAAAUUAUAAACAAUAUCGAUGCUGGUCACUAUGAUAGAUAUCACUCAAGCGAAUUAUAUUAUGUGUUUUUUUCUUUAAACAAUAUGCGAAUGCACUAGAAACCUAACCAUUGAAUGAUGGUGUUUGAUUUUGACCUUAAAUUAGCCAUGUAUUUUAGAUUAAAACAAACGUUGAGAGUUAAAUGCAUUAUAAUUAUUUAUUUUCAAAACUAUUUAAAUUCAUGUUGCAGUUUAUAUUAUUUUGUGCUAUAACCGGAUAAGAACCAUUAAGAUCAUAUUGCAUGAUAUUAAUCUGGAUUCAAGUUUGAGCAUUGAGAUCGCCUCGAAUACAAAUUCAUCUUUGGAUAACUGUAGUAAGAUGUCUUUCCCAUAUUCGGUUUUUAGUGUAUAAGCCAUAAAAAAAUAAAUCGUAUUUUAGCUUUAAAAAAUAUAUAUAUACCGGAUAAUGCAUCCCGAAAUGUUGUUUGAGGAAGUAAGAACAUUAUUUUAUGCUUUCGUUUGAAAAUUCGUCUUUGAAAUUGAUAAUACCAUCACUGCCAAUGCUAUAACCAUUAUUUUAAAGCGAAGUGGCUUCUUUUAACCUGUAAGUUUUUCAAUAAACCUAACGAAGUCCUAAUAUAACGAGA